AUGGACGUCUCAUUUACGCAUUGUGUACUUCCGGGUAUUCCCUCGCUCAUUUCGAAGAUGUGUGAAGAUUGUGUUAAGGAAGAGUUUCCAGAUCGGGGCAGUAUGUGUGUGGACAGUGGGUCAUACAUGGUGAACUAUGCCCAGUGUGCCGAUUGCAAGAUUCGGGGGGAGGUGAAGGUCAUCAACAGAGUUUGCAUCGAGGAGGAAAACGGAGAUGAAGUCAUUACUUAUCAGCAUGUGUGCAAGUCUUGUGAACAUGUCAUAGGAGAUCAUGAAUACAUCUUCAGAGUUGAGGAUGAUUAUCAGGUGUACGAGAUGUCCUGUUUACUGUGUGGGAAUGGUGAAGAUGAGAGAAGCAUAUUGCCAGUUGACCCCCAGAAACAGCUAGCAUUUUUCUGACAGGUGGUCAUGAUGAUUGUGUGAAAGAACUCCAAGUACACCAGGCCCAACCUGAGGGGUACCUAAAAAACACCAGGUCUGAUGAGUUUUUAAAUAAUGUAACAGACCAGACCAAUUGAGUACCUCGAAACUCACCCUUACAUCUUUCAGUCCAGUAACAUUUGUACAACUGUAAUUUACAUGCAUAGACACUUUUAGAAACUCAUGGGUGCCUCCAAAUACACCAAGGCCUGACCUCAUAGGUGCCUUGAAUACAUAAGGUCUGACCUUGUGGGUGCCUCCAAAUACGUCCAGACCUGACCUCAUGGGUACCUGGAAUACAUAAGGUCUGACCUUGUGGGUGCCUCCAAAUACACCCAGACCUGACCUCAUGGGUACCUUGAAUACAUAAGGUCUGACCUUGUGGGUGCCUCCAAAUACGUCCAGACCUGACCUCAUGGGGUACCUUGAAUACAUAAGGUCUGACCUUGUGGGUGCCUCCAAAUACGUCCAGACCUGACCUCAUGGGUGCCUUGAAUACGUAAGGUCUGAUCUUGUGGGUGCCUCCAAGUACACCUAGGCCUGACCUCAUGGGCACCUCCAAGUACACCCAGGCCUGACCUCAUGAGCACCUCCAAGUACACCCAGGCCUGACCUCAUGAGCACCUCCAAGUACACCCAGGCCUAACCUCAUGAGCACCUCCAAGUACACCCAAGCCUGACCUCAUGGGUGCCUUGAAAACAUAAGGUCUGAUCUUGUGGGUGCCUCUAAAUACACCCAGGCCUGACCUCAUGAGUACCUCCAAGUACACCCAGGCUUGACCUCAUGGGUGCCUUGAAAACAUAAGGUCUGAUCUUGUGGGUGCCUCUAAAUACACCCAGGCCUGACCUCAUGAGUACCUCCAAGUACACCAAGGCCUGACCUCAUGGGUGCCUUGAAUGUGUAAGGUCUGAUCUUGUGGGUGUCUCCAAAUACACCUAGGCCUGACCUCAUGGGCACCUCCAAGUAUACCCAGGCCUGACCUCAUGAGCACCUGCAAGUACACCCAGGCCUGACCUCAUAGGUGCCUUGAAUACAUAAGGUCUGAUCUUGUGGGUGCCUCCAAAUACACCCGGCCUGACCUCAUGGUGCCUUGAAAACAUAAGGUCUGAUCUUGUGAGUGCCUCCAAAUACACCCAGGCCUGACCUCAUGAGUACCUCCAAGUACACCCAGGCCUGAUCUCAUGGGCACCUCCAAGUACACCCAGGCCUGACCUCAUGGGCACCUCCAAGUACACCCAGGCCUGACCUCAUGGGCAUCUCCAAGUACACCAGGUCCAACCUGAGGGGUACCUGCAAACACCCAGGUCGGAUGGGUGUUAAUAAUGUACCAUACCAGACCUAAUGAGUACCUACAAACUCCACCUAACAUGUUUCAGUCCAGCAACUAUAUUUACAACUGUAAUACAACCUUGCCACACUGGACAAUCAAUCUGUCCCUUUUAGACAGAGUAUAUGCAGAGACAUUAUCAGGAAAAAUAUAAGCUACAGAAGUUGUAGACUUUCACAAGACUGUGGGUUUACUUCAAAGUGCAUGUUACAUCCAUCAUAAUGAUGUCAUCCACUGGUACAGCUGAACCCUGCCGAAUUGUGACUGGUGAUUGUUGCAGCAUUGCUUUCAUUUCUUGUACAUGUUCACGUGCAUGCUCUAACACUAGUGCUACCACAGUGAAUAUAUAGCAGUAUUGCAAUUUAGGGCCUUUUAUGGUCGUCUGAAAUAUAUAAGCAACAAAGGCGCAGUUUUAAGUUAUUUGAAAUCCCAUACCUAAUUUGGAUUUUAGUUAAAACUUAAGUUUGUUAACUAAAAUACAGUCUUAAAACAUGUUUCAUGUUAUUAGUUUAGAACUGUGAUUGUGCAUGAUUAAUCCAUAGUCAGACUCAGUGUAAUAGUACCCGGAUGCCUUGGGACGUUGUUUAUAUCAAUCACACCAUCACAUGGUCAUCAUAUUGAAAGUAUACUGUAUCUGUGAUACUUUCUGUUAUAAUAGAGACUUGUUAAUGAAUAUAAUUUUCUCUAGUCACUACAGGGCUGAGAUAUUGCCGAUGCCCUCACUUCCUCAUUCAUAUUGGAAAUGUCAUUUGUGUUCAUCACCAUGUACCAUAGGAUAUUUGAUAUGCAGUAAUAAAUGUGUUUCU